ACAAGGGAGGGGGGCGUCACAAGCUUAGCCUAGGGUAUCUGGCUAGGAGGUCAGAAGGGAUUGCUGUUUUGGAUGUGUAAUUGCACAUUUUACCUCAAUAAAUUCAUGUUUUUUAUAGGUGUGUUCAUCAUGGACUCUGCUCAUGGAACGCCAGUUAAUUCCAGAGCUAUAUUUGGAAACUGCCAUUAAUUUCGUCCUGCUAGCUAGCAAUGAAUUGGAUGAAGAUCUUGCUCUGGAGGCCUGUAAAUUUUGGUCGUACUGUGAUUCCAGCAAAGGGUUGCAGGAGGUCUUGCCAGAAUUAAUCCCAACUUUGGUUCAAAAAAUGGUUUAUACUGAUCAUGAUGAUUCUCUGGCUGAUAUUAAGGAAUAUGAAUCCAUUUCCAUCAGGGACCAGGAUCUGAAGCGCCACUUCCAUGCGUCUCGAUUACAUAGAUUUGAAACUGGGAAGGAGAAUGCUGAUGAUGAUGCUAAUUGAAAUGCUUGGAAUUUGCGGAAAUACAGCACUGAAGGGUUAAACUGUCUUUCUAAGGUUCUUAGGGACGACAUUCUUCCUAUUUUAAUGCCCUUGAUCAAGGAUAAGCUCGCUCAGACAGAUGAUGAUGGAUGGAAGGAUAGGGAAGUUGCUGUUCUAUGUCUUAAUACUAUAGCAGAGGGAUGCAUGACUGGAUUGUAUUCCCACACUCCGGAGAUUUUCCACAUGCUGAUCCUGUUACUUGAUGAUAAGUUUCCUCUUGUAAGGAGAAUCACCUGUCAAACCAUUUCCCGAUAUAGCAAGUUCAUUGUUCAGAGCUGUGACCAUGAACAAUUUGCUAAGAUCAUCGUGGGCCUGCUUAGAAGGAUAUUAGAUACUAACAAAAAAGUUCAGGAGGCUGCACGUUCUGCCUUCAUGACGAUUGGGAAGGAUGCUGCAGAAUCAAAUGGAAUGGAAAUUAUUUUGGAGCAACUCAUCUUAGAACUUGGGAAACACCAGAUGCGAGACCUUUGGUUAAUUUCUGAGGCACUUUGCAGUCUUGCUAAUGUUGUUGGAGCAAAGCUAAACAAGGCAGAACAUCUGCACAUAGUUGUUCCUCCAUUGAUCGAGAAGUGGCAGCAACUUCAAAAAUCUAAUAAAGAUAUCUUGCCCCUACUUGAAUGCUUUACAUCUAUCGCACAGGCAGCGGGAUCCGGAUUUUUUCAGUUUGCUGAGCCAGUGUUUCAGAACAGCCUAGAUCUUAUCAAGUUCCAGCAGUUGGCAAAUGCUGAUCCUGCCGCACCUCACGAUAAAGAUUUCAUCGUCUACUCAUUGGACCUUUUGUUAGUACUUGCAGAAGCACUUGGUGCUGAUACUGAAAGCCUGGUCGCGCGAAGUGAUUUGAUUGACCUCAUUAUGCGAUGCUGCAAGGAUAAAGUAGCUGGUGUUCGACAAAGUGCUCUGGCCCUUCUGGGCCGAAUUUCUAUGGUUUGCCAUACACAUGUACUUCCAAGACUUGAAGAAUUCCUUGAAGUUGCAGCAGAGCAACUGAUAAUGCAAUCCGUGAAGGCUGCACCAUCUGUAGCAAACAAUGCAUGCUGGAUCAUCGGGGAACUGGCAAUGAAGUUCGGCCAAGAAACUUCAUCACCAGUGGUGACCACCAUUCUAUCACGGCUGCUUCCUAUUCUAAGGUCUUCAGAGGGACUCGACAAUAUAGUUGUUGGAAACACAGCGAUAACUCUUGGAAGGCUUUCCUUGGUCUGGCCAAUGACCGUGUCAGCUCAUCUUAAACGGUCUAUGCAAGCAUGGUGCAAUGCCUUGUGCAUGGCAAGAGGUGAUUUAGAAAAAGAAGACGGUUUUUCUGGUCUGUGCGAAAUGGUGGAAGCAAACCUAUCAAGGGCUGUGGGUUCACUGGCUCAUGUGUGCAGAGCCUUUGCAAGCCUAAAGGAUAUACAAAGUGAAGCCCUUCCCAGUAAAGUGUGCGGUGCACUGAACAAUCUAAAACAGAGUGCCGGUGAUGCUCGCUGGGAGCAAUGCAUGUCCACUCUAGAUCCAUCGGAGGUGCAGAGGCUAGCGAGUCUGAUGGCGGAGACCGAACCGCAAUGAAUGGCAGCACUGCAAUUUUGUAUACACCUGUAGAAUAGGUAGGGGGAAGAGCAUGUGCUAGUUUAAGCAACCGGAGUUGGAGAAGACGAACAUCCAUCGAUCCGUGGCUCCUUCCAUUUAGGGGCUAAUGAAAUUUUGAUCCAAGUGACCUGAAUUUUGAUCCAGUCAUACUAAAUUACUCCGUCAGACCACUGUAACAACGUGCAUCUCACUCAAGAAGGCUGCCAAUUAAACAAACAAACUGGAAAUUCCUUUUUUUUAGGGAAAAUGGAUAGGAAAUUUUGAACUGAAAUUA